CUCUCUCUGCACCCGCGGCCAAAUUUGCCAAUCGACGGCUCCUCGAAUCGAAAUCCCCCUUCCCCUCUCGAUCCGUCCUCCAAACCCUAGCGAGGCAAGCGAGCCGCCAUUAGGGUUAGGGCUUCCUCCCCCUACCCCUGCCCGAGGCGGCGUUCCGCGGCCAUGGCCCACGGCGGCGGCGGCGGCGGGAGGGCCAAGGUGACGCCCAACCUGGCGAUGGACGAGGAGGGCACGCGGGUGCUCAACCUCACCGUGCUCCAGCGCCUCGACCCCGCCGUCGAGGACAUCCUCAUCACCGCCGGCCACGUCACGCUCUACGACUUUGACACCAACCUCAACCAGUGGAGCCGGAAGGAGGUGGAGGGGUCGCUCUUCGUUGUCAAGAGGAAUGCACAGCCCAGAUUCCAGUUUGUUGUCAUGAAUCGGCGUAAUACCGAUAAUCUAGUCGAAGAUCUCCUGGGAGAUUUUGAAUACCAGCUCCAGGUUCCCUAUAUAAUGUACCGCAAUGCUGCACAAGAAGUUAUUGGUAUUUGGUUUUAUAAUUCCCAAGAAUGUGAAGAAGUUGCAAAUCUGUUUAGCAGGAUAUUGAAUGCAUUCUCCAAGGCAACUCCAAAGCCAAAGGUUCCCUCAAUUAAAAGUGAAUUUGAAGAGCUGGAAGAAGCACCUGCUGCUUUGGUUGAAGGUCCACUAGAGCCUCAAACAUCGAAUAUAAUACCAGCUACUACCCAUGUCCAGGAGGAUCCCUUAUCGGCAUUCUUCAGUGGAGCUAUAAAUGUUGGCAGUAGCUCUGGUGUAGCAGUUGCAGGACAGAAUCAAUCUUUUGGGUCUACUCCUUUAUCUUCACACGCACCAACAAGUAUCAGUAUAUCGCAGCCUCCUGUUGCACACCAUUUGCUCCCUUCUCAAACUUCAUCAGUAUCUGGGAUAUCCCCUGAUGUUCACGGUGGAACUGGUGCUGUGGUCAACAGGUCAGCAAGUCUUCUAAAUCCAUCACAUUUUUCACCAUUGACAUCUUCACAGACAACAAUGGCUCGCACCAAUUCGGCGGUACCAACUGCUCCACCUCAACAUCCUCGUAUAGCUCAGCAGCCACAGAGUGCUCCCUUGCUUCAGCCAUUCCCGUUGCCUACAGCAUCGCCUUCACCACCAUAUGGGACUCCAUUACUUCAACCAUUUCCGCCACCAAAUCCAUCCCCAUCUCUUGCAUCAGCAUCAAUCUACAGCCCGACACUAUCCAGAGACAAAGUCAGGGAUGCAUUACUUAGACUUGUUGAGAGUGAUGAAUUCAUCGAUUUAGUCUACCGGGAGAUUAUGAAAGGAUAAAAUUAACAUUCAAGACAACCAUCCUUCCAACAGGCUUGGUUUAUGUUUUAGACUAGGGACUUUUAUCAUCUUUUGUCAAGCUAUUCAGGUUUCAAGACAUGGUACUGUAUAUUUGUUGGUCUAAGUCCAUAGGUGCACCAUCCUCCAUUGGCGGAGUUUGUAUUUAAGUACCAUUUACAUAUCUGUAAAGACGAACUGGUCCAUCUGUGCUUGGGAAUAUUGUGUGCUAUAUCCUUGGUGCAGAAAAGUUUUGCUCGAGACA